AUGUUUAUGGAGGAGAUAAACGCAAUAAAGACUUUUGCGGCUGGUGACCUUCCCAGCGUUAGGGAGUGCGAUUUUUCUCUUUGGGACAAAAGUGGCAUCAUUGAGUUAUUGCUGGAGGAGGCGAAACACGAAUUUACAGAGACGAAAUCACUGUGCGCCAGCACGAGUUCAUUGGAGAGCAAUGGCUCCGAGCACAGAUUGCUAAAGCAUAUGGAUGAUGGAGUAUCCGUUGUAGAGGCGGAUGAUCCAUUUAUGUACGUUUUGAAGAAGCUAAAGGAGCUAGGCCUCAAAGUUGGGGAUCCUGUCGCAAAAUCUGAAGUAGCAGUUCAGAAGAAUGAUAGCAAUGAUUGCGAUGAAGAAAAUAAUAGCGGCGGAGAUGUUGAAAAUGCUGUAAAAGCUGAUGACAGCUCAGGCAGAGAGAGUUUCUCGAAAGGCAUGCUUGAUGAAACUGAGUCCUCACUGAAGGAGGAAACGGAAGACAGCGAAAGUGUCGACUCAGGAAUUCACGGAAUGUCAUCCUGGGAUCAGGAUCCGAACACAAUAUCCGAGAGUGCUCGUCUACCAAAGCAAGGCCUGCAGAACCACCUGACAAUUAAUGACGGUGUGGUGUAUAGACCUUGUGAAACAGCUGCAUCACCAACGAACCCACUCGCCUCGCAAUCCCAACUGCAUUUUGCAGCUGCAGUCAAAGCGCAGCAACAGGAAGUCGGGUGA